UUGUGAUUUUGGGCUAUACAAAAAGAAAUUGAAUUGAAUUGAACAUGAUUUUAUCAAACAAAACAUUCUGCUUCAAUUCACAUUUGUUGGUGUAAAAACAUAAUUUUCACGGCCUCUGUGAGCCGGUGCAUGAGGCGCCAUAUAGGCCAGAGAGACGUGCAAAGAAAAGUCGGCAUCAACCACAAAAGCAACAGAUUCCCUUAGUUAGCGGCAUCAUCAGUAACAACAAUACUAAACAGCCAGACCACCAAAAGAAGAUUACAGCUGCCGGCACCACCAGCAGGCAUGUCCACUGUAUCUGUGUUUUGCCCUCCUAACAAGCAUCUUGGCGGGCUUAAGUAGCACUCCUGUGUCUCGGGGCUUGUGAGUAUGCAUCGUGUGCUCGCUUUUUGGUGAUUUUCUUCUUCUUCUUUUUCUUUUGCCUGAUAGUGUUUUCUGUCGUCAGAGCUGACAGGGGUUUUGCUGCAGUGGUUAGUUUGUGUGCAUGUCCUUCACGUCUGUAUGAACAGCAAGGGAGUCGGUAUAAUGAAAUUUACCUCAAAAGGCCAAACAAGCACAGCUGCACAGUACGAGCAUGCAGACAUUUAUUAUUGAGCAGCAGGCCUUCAUUAUUCAUACCAGUGGGUUUCUGUGCGCUCAGCAGAUAAACUUCUUUGAGUCUGUUUGUUCAUCACACACUCUGCUCAUUGAUGUUGUCACACAGACGUCCAUGAAUAUUUAGCGGUGGACGUUUACAGUUGGAUAAAGCGUGUUUGCUAAAUGAACGUCCGAAGCAAUCGAAGGUCUUUGUAACAAAGUACAAUGUGGGCUGUGUCCAACUACUCACUCAGUAUGAGCCUCAUCGUUGAUGCUCUGAGUGUAAAGUAACGUGGACACACGGCCUCUGAUGAGUCACAUGGAUUUCUCUUCAUACAGAGGAACGCUUAGAAAAAAAGACAACAACAGCGUGUAUUUAUGGCUGUGUAAUUCCACGCAUAAAGAGUAUUACAAAGUCAAUAUAAAUAGUGCUACAUAUGGGCACAGUUUUGCUAAUUGUGCUAGUUUUUCCAGUCGAUAACAGCCGGGGAUUGUGGUUUUCCAUUUUGAGCAGUCGGUAUUGCAGUCGAUAUUUGUUUUCUUGUUUUCUGAAGCGUCUUCUGAAACUUGUUUACAGCUGACUGGCAACAUUAAAGCCAAGCCAGCCAAUGGAUCCGUGCCAUCUGAGUACCUGAGUGCCAUCUGAGUGCCAGCGCGCCAGGAUUUUUCACUUUGAUCAGUGCUGGCUGUGUCAAGAGGAGAGCGGCACGGCGUAGUGCUAAAUGACUGCCUUGCUUCACACCCUGCAUGGAUUUGGACCUCUUACUAACAUGUACACAAAACAAAAUGGCCGUGAACAAAACUUCAGCGCCAAAACUCCAGCGCACAGCCGGUGGGAACACUACCGCAGAACAGCUUUUGUUUACGCGCAAGUUAGACAGCGUGUCAAAAACAAUAUGAGGAGGAAUACAUUGCAGUCAAAAAAAGUUACUGAGGCGAGGAAGUAAGUUUAUGUCCCUGCAUCCCUUGCCACAAGCUCCCUGUUUAGUUUCCGACUACCUGCAAACCUAGUUAGCGUACCGGUCUGAGCACAACCUGACAGCACUAGUGCUGCAGGUGUAUUUUCAGAGGUCUGCGCACAUGUGUGUGUGUGUUUUUAUAGCACCUAACUGGUGAGGGCCUGCGAGGUGUCAUCUCACAGCUGAAGGGGUGCCGGCUGGCACAGAAUUUUAAUUGGCAGGAAGACACACUGGCACAUGCCUUGAUAUGUUCUGCCAACGUGAUCGGCUGUGAAGGGUAGGGAGGCGGGGACUCAAAUAAAGGGGCUUGUGUGUGUGUGUGUGUGUGUGGGUGUGUGUGAAAGCGGUCGACUAUUUGCAUAGAUCUUUGAGAAGAACCUCAUUUGCUUUCAGAGAAGUUCAACAUGUUCAGUGUAUCUGUGCAUGUUAUUUCGUCCUGCACAUGUGCAGCAGGGACCCUUUCCUGUGCAGAGGUGCCGGCUCUCCUCUCAAAUCCAGCAGCCUUUUCCCACCAACAGUGGGAAAGUGUUAGGACAUGGGGUAAGCUCAAAAUCAACUAGUUUGUACGACAGGUCUGCUGAAUAAGACUGAAGGCAAACAGGAAGACAUCAGCAUUUCAUUAUCUUAAAAAGUUUCUUGCCAUUCAAGCUCUUUUUAAAAGGAAAGAAGAAACGUUUCCAGCCUCGUCUGCUAAUGAGAGAGAUAAUGAAAGAACAAAUAGCAGUUACAAAUUCAUAGCUGCUUCAUUAGAAUAACAAGAAUGAUGAGCCAGACGUCUUAUUUUUCAUGUUGAGCCUCCGCAGUCGCAAAAGGAAAAGUCUUUCAACCAGUUGAAAGAAACAGAAGUCUCACAAUGAGUUUGACAACAUACAUUUUUUUUUUUUCCCAUCUCCCUUGUUUUGUUUGGAAAAUGAGCUGCAUGUCGCCCCGCACCGCAUAUCUGCAUUACUAAUUUAAACCAGCUGCUGGGAAGCUUUGCCAGUUUGAUCUCUGCUCGCUCUGCCAUUGGCUGCUGUGGCUCGGCCAGUUUCCCUCAUUAGAGGUCUGUGUUUUUAUGUUUGCAGCUGUUCACAGUGUAGGAAGGAACCAAGUCUACAGAAUAAAAGGACAAAAUGUUCAGGCUAAUUUCAUUUACAGAAUGAAACUAACCUCAAGCUUUGAGGAAGGGUUUUUAUGAGAGUGCGUCACUAAAUAAGACGCACACAUGGUCGUUUGCAGUAACUGAAUUGUUGACUCUUACAAGUUACAGUCAAUAACUAAAGGACAAACCUCCUGCAAUUAUUUUUAUUAUAUUUAUGACUACAUGCAUGUUUUCUUCUGUAAGUCUUGAAAAGUUGGGACAAAGGCCUUAGAAGUUAUUUAAAAGUAUUUUGAUUUCAAGUCUUCUUUCUGCAGGCAGUAAUAUCAUCUCCACAAUGUUUUAGUAUCUGAUUGUGAGGCUGUUGGGAAACAUUAUACACCUAAAACGUAAAGUGUGAUUGUUGCGAUAGAGACCUAAAGCAAACACCACCAUUAUUGCUACAGCAUUUACAGAAGGAUGCGCUUCGUCUUUAAAGGGGCAAGUGUUGAUUUUAGCUUAAAAUUGAAUUUAAUUAAAUUAAUUAUCUAUCCAUCCAUCUUCUGCCAAUUAUCUGGGGUGGGUUAAUUUGGUUAAUUGUAUCUUUAGGAAUUAUUGUGGGACAUAGACUUUGGACGGCAUGAUCAUGAAAUGGGUUUUAAAUUGCAUUCUGUGUGGUAUUAAAAAGUCUACAACUUGGUGAACGCUGCAGAAUAUCUGCACUCAGUAUGUGAGCCCUUGAUUAAAAGCAGACUCUUGAUUUGUGCAUUGUGUCAGAAAACAGUUUGAAUAACUCCUCAGAGCAUGAAUUGUACAUCACUUAAUGAUCAGAUCGCUUUUUCUUCAGAAGCCCGGCCGUUUGAUUUAAAUUCCAACCAACUCCUUGUCUGGUUUACUGCUAGUGUCUUUCUCUGCUGCUCCUCUCCUCUUGUGGUAUCCAGUUUCACAGAAACAGUGACUGUGAUGGCAAACUGUGGCGGAAAAAAAAAUUGCACUGCUGCUAGAUAUUAGUUGUUUUUUGGACGUACAAUGUUUGCUAUUACAUUUUUUUUGUCAUGCUUUCUCAGUAGAAUUAAUAAUCACCUGUUUAUCCAUAAUUUCUGUGUGUGCUUGUAUCAAACCGUAGCUGGUGUUGUAUCUAGGCUCUGUCUCUAGCCCUCCGAGUUAAAAGGCCCCUGACCUGCUCCAUAUUGAGGGGUCCUCUGCUGCAUUGUGUGGCAGUGUGAGUGAGUAAAUGCCCCGUUAGGAUUCAUUACAGCCUCUAGUAGUCGGACAUAUUGUCCCGAGUGCAAUGAGCCGCACCAGUGCAGGCCCCCUGCUCUCCUCUGGCACGUGCCGUCCCUCACCCUGCUUUGUGCUCGCGCACAAUGGACGAGCAAUCCCACAUCUCCCUCGUCUUCCUCCUCCCUCUCAUAUUGCAUCCAUUCAUCAGUUGCUAUCACUGUUUGGACACCCUGAUCCCAGGCCCCUUCGUCCCUCCCCCUUCACCCCCUUCCUCUCUCUCUUGUUGUCCACCGUCUUUGCCUUUCCGUGGGAUAUUAUAUAUAAAGUGACCAAUGGCGUCCCACUGCAGCCGUUGCCAUGGUGAUAAGUGACAGCGGGAAAGCACCACCCCAAGAUGUAUGGAUCGUAAAAAAAGUAUAGGAGGACAGUGGUAAUGGGUGUACAGAGAGAAAUGAGGCAGGCUAGCCCGAAGACUGGAUGGGAAAAUGAAAAAAGGAGAAGGAAGGGAAAGAAGGGCAGGUAGUGGUGUCGCAGCAGAAGGAUGCCGCUGGUGAAGCGCACCAUCGAGCCGAGGCACCUGUGCCACACGGUGCUGCCAAGGAACAUCAAGAAUGAGCUGGAGUGUGUGACUAACAUCUCCUUGGCCAACGUCAUACGCCAGCUCAGCAGCCUCAGCAAAUAUGCAGAAGACCUGUUUGGAGAGCUGUUCAACGAGGCCCACACCUUCUCUUUCCGGGUCAACUCCCUACAAGAGCGCGUGGACCGCCUCUCCAUCAGUGUCACACAGCUGGACCCCAAAGAAGAGGAACUGUCUCUUCAGGACAUUACCAUGAGGAAGGCCUUCAGGAGUUCCACCAUUCAGGACCAGCAACUGUUUGACCGCAAGUCAAUGCCCGUCCCACUGCAGGAGACCUACCAGACAUGCGAGCAGCCGCCACCGCUCAACAUCCUCUCGCCCUACAGGGACGAUGGGAAGGAGGGUCUGAAGUUCUACACCAACCCGUCGUACUUCUUUGACCUGUGGAGAGAGAAGAUGCUGCAGGACACAGAGGACAAGAGGAAGGAGAGGCGGAAACAGAAGCUGGAAAUGCCUUAUCUUGUGUGUCCCAAUGGCCUCAUAAGAGUCCUCUCUGAAACCCCUCCUCCCUUCCUCACUGCCCCAGAGUUGCAGGAUCCCCGCAUGUAUGAUCAGGUCUACAGGUACUUAGACCUUCCAGGGCAGAUGAAGGCGAUAGACCGCCCGCAGGAGGCCGAGAAGAUACCGCGGUUGCCUCACGAUCGUAAGAAGGAGUGGCAGAAACUGGCACUGGGCGCAGAGCUCGCCCAGGACAUACCUGACGACAAACACAGAGAGGCCAACGGAUCUGCAGGUUACCACGAUAACAGGGCUCCCUUGUACUUGGAACAUUUGGACGGGCCCUUCUCGCUGGCGGCGCUGCCCUACAUCCAGAUGAACGAGCUGCUGAACCGUACUGGGGACAGAAUGUAUUCACGGCCCCACGACCCUCCACCGCCUCCACCUCUCAUGCACCCACUGGGAGAGAUCAAGCCACCCUCUGUGAUCAGUUCCAGUUCGGGUUUUUCCGACAGCAGACCCCAGUCUCCAGCCCGGACAGCAGGCUUCAACUCCAACACUCCUCCUCCGCCGCCUCCCCCUCUCCCCCCUCCACCUCCCCCGUUACCCUCCACAGGCCUGCGGGGCACUCCUCCUCCUCCCAUUCCUCCUCUACCAGUCCAGCAGUAUCCCCCGGCUAUCCCGCCCCCGCCUGCUCCUCUCCAGAUCGCCCCGGGGGUGCUCCACCCGGCCCCUCCGCCCGUGGCGCCUCCCCUUCACUGCUCCCCGGCCCGUCUCCAGCAGGUCCUGGACAGGGGCCCACCCAUGGGCUCUGGGACCCAGUCGGACGGCAGCAUCCUGCCUCCUCCCCCGCCGCCUCCUCCUCUGCCCCACCCCGGAGCACGGAGCUCUUCGCCCUGUCCCUCAGGCCCGCCACCUGUGCCGGCCUUCCCCUCAGCAGGAGCCAUGGCCUCCCCGCCGCCCCACAGCUUUCACGAUGUGGGGAGCAAGAGGCACCAUCCAGCCAAUCUGCCCCCCAUCAGCGAUGCACGCAGCGUCCUGUUGGAAGCUAUCAGAAAAGGCAUACAGCUGCGGAAAGUGGAGGAGCAGCGAGAGCAAGAGGCUAAGCACGAGCGCGUUGGCAAUGAUGUGGCCACCAUCCUGUCACGCCGCAUCGCUGUGGAGUACUCAGACUCCGAGGACGAGUCAGAGUUUGACGAAGGAGACUGGAUGGAGUGAUGACGAUCAGAGAGAUGGAAGAGAGAGGAAAAAAAAGCAGCAAGGGACAAAUGUGUUCGGGUGCCCCCCCCCCCCCCCCAAAAAAUAACCUGCACUCCACACCUCGUCAUCAAAGAGACCUUUCUACUCUGGAAAGAAGUGAAACAUCGAUGUUGCCCACUUUUCCUCUGUCAAACUUUUUUUUUUUGUCUCGUGGUUUGUGUUUCAGAGGAGAAUCUCCACGUGGCCCCUCGUCAGUCUUUCUAGUGUUCAAGUGUCCAAGAGAAGUUUUUGCAUUUAUUCUUUUCUGCACUACCACAUGACCUUGUUUCUUCUGGAUUUCUAGUGAUGAAAUCCCCCAUGUUUACUAUUGUUAUAAAUGGAAAUAACUUUUUUUUUGAGGAACCACUUGUUUUAUCUUUCUUAUCUGUACGUCGAUGUAAAAAAAAAAAAGAAGGAAUAAAUGAAGGCAUGUUGCAUUUAUCCUUAGUUCUUCAGCACCGUUUUUCCACCUGGUGGCUGAAUGAAUGCUGUUUUAUUUUACAGUCUUUCAUUUACCUUUUUCUGCUGAAACAUUUGCAGUUUUAAUGGGCCAGUAGUUGUUGAUACUGACCACUACAUGAACAGUAGUAGUACCCACCAGCUGGGUUGUCCUUUUUGUUUUCUCUCUUGUUAUCAGGACUGACUUUACCACUCGGAACAAGCAAAAGAUUGUGUUGGUAUGUCAUGUGACGAUUGCUGUAUGGUUGAAAUUGAAGAAGGGGAAUCAUAUGUCUGCUUUUGGCCACACGUGUGCAUAUCCAUCCACUUACAACUAACUCUUACCCCAGGGAAAUGUAUGCCGAGAGAUUGAGCUUUUUGUCUGUCCAGGUUCUUAGGAUGCUCAUGUUGACAUCAGGCAAUGUCAGAGGUAAUCGCUGAGCCAUUGGUUAUAUUUUUGCAUACUGAGCUCCCAUCCUUUUCUCAAGUUCUCUGCCAUAGAAAUGGACACUGGAAGUGAUUAGAUGCUGUAGGUGUACAUCAGAUUUCCUGCCUCUCUUAUUGUCCCUGAUGAAUACUCGGGUGUGCUGAGGAAAACUUUGAAUUUUGAGAAGGAUACCCGUGAUAAUGAGAGUCUGACCAGCACCAGAUACAAACCACUCAACACCACUGAAGGCAGCUCUUCCCUCAGUUUCCCCACCUGCCCACUAACGAGAAGCCUUACCUCGUUUGGUUCUAAAGCAGCAAACGGUGUUCAAAAGAAGACAUAGUAUGUGAUACCGCCUUUGCAGGCCUGAAAGAAGAAUACAUUAUGCCUUGUUUUGGCUCAUUUCAAAGAAAAUGUCUGCCAUCCUUUUCUGUUUGUUUGUUUGUUCGUUCUUUCUUCUACUUGCCUUAUUGUUCGUACAAAACAUAUCGUUGAGUUGAUGAAUGUAUUGUGCCGUUACUACUUACUUGCCUGCGCUUGUAUGGAUUUGCUGUUUCUAUGUUUGGGGGGGCGAAGAGAGGGACAGAAACCCUGGUUUAAAAAAGACGAUUACAUCAAUACGGUAUACCAUGUAACUUAUGUAACUGUUGACUGUAACAGUUUGCUUGAAUUAAUAAAAACCUAAUGUUUAUGUUUCAGCCCUAACUGGUAUGGGUUUGUUAUUGUUGGGCUGAGCCCUGCUUGUACACAGUAAGAUGAAUCAUGACCAAGAAACAAAGCAAAUUAUUAAGAAAGUAAAUAUCUAGAAAGCUAAAAAGCAACAAAAAUCUGUUAAAUAAAAAAAAAAUUUAAAAAAAUCCUGGUUUAGUUUGGGGUACUAGGAACAAAAGACAUCUGUUUCACUUAAUAUUUCGGAUUAUUAUUAGACUAAUGCAACCAGAAAUCAUAGAAAUAAACAAUGACAGUUUUAUGGGGAUUUGUGGUGUAAUCUAUGACAUCAUCUGUCUAUACAGUUGGAUUGAAACAAUAAAAUUAUUCCAGAUC